AUGGAUGACGCUGCCGUCCUCAAGCGACGAGGUUACAUCAUGGGAAUAAAUUUGGGAGAGGGCUCUUAUGCCAAAGUCAAAUCCGCUUACUCUGAGCGCCUCAAGUUCAACGUGGCGGUCAAGAUCAUCGACCGCAAGAAAGCCCCCACGGACUUCCUAGAGAAAUUCCUUCCCCGGGAAAUUGAGAUUCUGGCCAUGCUAAACCAUCGCUCCAUUGUCAAGACCUAUGAGAUCUUUGAAACAUCAGACGGCAAGGUCUACAUCGUCAUGGAGCUUGGGGUCCAGGGCGACCUCCUUGAGUUCAUCAAGACCCGGGGGGCCCUGCAGGAAGAUGAUGCUCGCAAGAAGUUCCACCAGCUCUCUUCAGCCAUCAAGUAUUGCCAUGACAUGGACAUUGUCCACCGAGACCUCAAGUGCGAGAACCUCCUCCUUGACAAGGACUUCAACAUCAAGCUGUCUGACUUCGGCUUCUCCAAGCGCUGCCUGCGGGAUGACAGUGGCCGACUGACGCUGAGCAAGACCUUCUGCGGGUCAGCAGCCUAUGCAGCCCCCGAGGUGCUACAGGGCAUCCCCUACCAGCCCAAGGUGUACGACAUCUGGAGCCUGGGCGUGAUUCUCUACAUCAUGGUCUGCGGCUCCAUGCCCUACGAUGACUCCAACAUCAAGAAGAUGCUGCGCAUCCAGAAGGAGCACCGUGUCAACUUCCCACGCUCCAAGCACCUGACAGGCGAGUGCAAGGAUCUCAUCUACCGCAUGCUGCAGCCUGACGUCAACCGGCGGCUGCACAUCGAUGAGGUCCUCAGCCACUGCUGGGUGCAGCCCAAGGCACGGGGCCUGUCCUCUGCAGCCAUCAACAAGGAGGGUGAGAGCUCCCAGGGCUCUGAGCUACCGUGGCCCCCUGAGCCCAGCUCUGACAAGAAGUCUGCCACCAAGCUGGAGCCCCGGGAAGAGGCCCGGCCUGACACAAACCCCGAGGAGGAGGUGCUGCAGAUGCAGGUGUCCAGGCAGUCAGAGGCCACGGGUCUGGCCAGCGAGCAGCCCAGUAAGGAGACUGAGGAAGGGGCCCCAUUGCAGCCCUCAGAGACACACACUUAG